CGUGACGCCAUCGCGUCGGCGGUUGCCAUGGCGAGGACGAGGACGCUGCUCGAGGCGGAGGCACGCUCUGCCGUGCGACUCGAACCAGCGCUGGGAGUGUCUGUGCUUCGCACUGGUCUGGGUUGGACGGAGCGGCAGUGCGAGACCGAGCCAUGGAGAGCGCUGGCCCUCGACUGUGUUCUGGACACGUUGGUUCACUGCUCUACACGGGGCCUGCCCUGGGCCUGCCUACCCCUCGUGGCCUCACUGACACUGGCCCUGCUGCACGACACCACACAGCUGUCACAGGAGGAGGUGCUGAGGAGCCUGAAGGAGCGUGUGCACGGCUGCCUGGGGUCUGGCCGUCCGGCCCGCGUGGUCCUCCACUUCUUUUCAUCCACGUAUGUACCGCACUUCCGCUUGUGGCGCGCCGCCCUCCUGCGCGGCACCUUCACUGCCUCUGUUGCCAGCCGCCCGCCACCCUUGAACCUGGAGGUGGAGGUGCCGCUCCCCAUGCCGCCGCUGCAGCACGGCAUGGAGGAGGGCGCUGCUGAGCGACGGCGGCGCGAGGCUGAGCGUCUCGAGGAAGCAGAGGUGCGCGUGCGCACCGACGCGCGGGUUCGCCAGGAGGAACUGCGCGGUGAGGGCCGGGAUCAGCUGGAGAAGGUCCUGGCUGGACUCUCGGUGCAGGAGGGAGAGACGGUGGACGCAGAGACGCUUGCCCUGGUGCUGAGGGAAGCGAUCUCCGUGCAGAUCCUCACGGCAUGCGAAGUGGCCCUGUCCGAGAUCCGGGCGACGUUUCUCCUCAUGGAGGCCCGUCUCGACACGCUUGCUUCCUCGCCCACACCUGGCUCCUCGCUCCCCGGCGAGCUCAACGGACGCACGGCACCAACGCACGGCGGCGGUGGCGGCGGCAGCAGAAAGCGCAAGCCGCCAAAAUAGCAGGGUGGCGCAGUGGUGGUGGGGGGAGGGUGAUGCCCGGUCAUUCAGCACACUGGUGUGUUGGAGAGUAAACCCAAUUUGUGUUUACUCUCCAACACACCAGCGGGCUGAAGUAGUAACUAAUUGGCAUGUUUUGUUUAAGCGACAAACUUUAUAGAAAUGGCUGUGCCGGAUGAUGGCGGGUUUUAACGACACUUUCAUAUUUACGCGAUUUUACCCCAAAAAAAUCUCUUAUCCACAAGUCAACAUUCACAGGCAAUGCAGAUGUGGAUGAAAUUCAGAAAUGCAUUAGCCCCAUUUGGCCCUAGUCAUGAAGAUGACAGCUCAUACCGGACAUCUGGUCAGGUCACUUGUCACAGAGUUGAUUCUUUGCUUCCCACUAUACCCUUAAAAGUUGGGUGUUUGACAGUGUUGUACGCAGUAUUUCUAACUGUAUUUCUACCAUUAUAAAUGAACAAUUAAUAUUUUACAUUUACCAUGCCGAUUAUGUAAAUGUGCAUGCAUAAUACUGUUUAAAGUGAUGUACAGAAAUGCACACUAUAAAUACGCAAGUACAUCUUAUACAAUUUAGCCACACCUGUUUGGAAUUUCAAAGAAUGUGGCACAGAUCACACUAUCCUGCCAUUUAAUAGAUAUUUUUUUCUCUCACGUGAACUGACGUGUCCGCGACUUCCGUGGCUGUUUUGACCUGUUCAAGCAUUAAAACAGGAGCUCUGCUACAGCAGUGUGAGCCUUCACAGUAGAAGCUCCAGGCGCUUUGUCACAGCAGUGUGAGCCUUCACAGUAGAAGCUCCAGGCACUUUGUUACAGAAGUGUGAGCCUUCACAGUAGAAGCUCCAGGCGCUUUGUCACAGCCUUGUGAGCCUUCACAGUAGAAGCUCCAGGCGCUUUGUUACAGCAGUGUGAGCCUUCACAGUAGAAGCUCCAGGCGCUCUGCUACAGCAGUGUGAGCCUUCACAGUAGAAGCUCCAGGCGCUUUGUUACAGCAGUGUGAGCCUUCACAGUAGAAGCUGCAGGCGCUUUGUUACAGCAGUGUGAGCCUUCACAGUAGAAGCUGCAGGCGCUGUGUCACAGCAGUGUGAGCCUUCACAGUAGAAGCUCCAGGCGCUCUGCUACAGCAGUGUAAGCCUUCACAGUAGAAGCUCCAGGCGCUUUGCUACAGCAGUGUGAGCCUUCACAGUAGAAGCUCCAGGCGCUGUGUUACAGCAGUGUGAGCCUUCACAGUAGAAGCUCCAGGCGCUGUGUUACAGCAGUGUGAGCCUUCACAGUAGAAGCUCCAGGCGCUGUGUUACAGCAGUGUGAGCCUUCACAGUAGAAGCUCCAGGCGCUGUGUUACAGCAGUGUGAGCCUUCACAGUAGAAGCUCCAGGCGCUCUGCUACAGCAGUGUGAGCCUUCACAGUAGAAGCUCCAGGCGCUGUGUUACAGCAGUGUGAGCCUUCACAGUAGAAGCUCCAGGCGCUUUGUGUGGGUGCUGAAGUUUCCCUGUUAGGUCUCCCUUUUGAGGAAAACCUAUCUGUUACCGAGCAGAUGUGUGGUGUGGACAACGCGCGUGCACUAAUUUAUACAUGGUCCACACUUAUUCGUAGUGAUAAUGAGACGAUUGAAACAAAUGUCUGUUUGCACUUUAUUAGGCUAACUUAGCAUCGUGCGUAAGAGGGGAUCGCCAGAAGGCCUGAUGCAGCUCGUACAAAUGGGGCUUGUGUUUCUGGUCUUAAAAGUAGAAAAUAUGUUCAUGGCUUUGCCAAUAAACUUUUAUGCUGAACUAAA